CCUAACAUCAAGGAUUUCUGGAUAUCACCGUUCAAAUCUUUUUAACUUUUUUUACAGUGAUUGAUUUUUGAAAUCAGUCACCAAAGCCUGGUUCCUAUUCCGCUUUCCUCUUGCUUCAUUUCACUUCACGCCAUCAUUCCUCCUCCUCCUUGCUUUCUUCUUCUUUUCCCUUGGGCCAUUGAAAUUCCAGUAGCUCUCUCCUCCCUGAGACCUUCUGUCCCUCUUCCUCCUCCCACUCCUUUCCUCCUUCUUUGCCUUUCCCACCUUACUCCCUUCCCUCUCUCAUCUUACUCUCCUCUCUCAGUUCAUUUGAGGUAGGUGUGCUGUCUAGUCCAGUGGAGUUCUUCCUUUCCUCUCUCAAGAUGUCCUGGACCCGAGUCAUCGUGCUCUCUUUGCUCACCACCCUCCUCAUCCUCACCAUUUCCACCGCGGUAAAAAGUGCAGCUGUACCGGACAACUCAAAAGCAGCUGAUCCUAAAGGGGCAGCACGGCAGGUGUUCAUGCCUGAGUCGGAGGCCUCUAACUUCUUCAAACGCCGCAGUCGGCGCUCAGUCCAAUACUAUGCAGAGCUCCAAGCUGAGCAGAGGGUGAGGAUGUCAAACAAUGAGCACAGGAGGGAGCACAAUGAGGAGCAAAGACACGAGUUUGAGAACUACGUUGAGGAGGAGCGUGAUGAGCAAAAUGAGAGAUCGAGGGAGACGACUGAGCAGAUGCGAGAGUAUCACUACGACGGUCUCUAUCCUCGCCAUCACUGGUUCCACUGAGCGUGCUCUGUCACAUGGAGGGACAUGCUAACGUUACAACGCCUCUUAUUUGAGCAGUACAUUAAUACUGUCAUCACCUUUCCCCUGUGCCAAAGGUGAUUUUGGUUAGCAAUUGUUAGCAAGUGCUAAAAGUCAUCUCUGUAUUUUUUUCUUCCCACUUUGUACUGUAAGCUUAUCUUUAUAAUAAAUGGAGGCUAUAUAUUUUGCAUGCUUGUUUCUACUGCCUUUUACAUGUACAUAAAAGCUAUAUGUUAAUAUUAGUCUGAGCCGUUAGCAGCAAUAAAUCUUUUACAUUCAGAAUUUAAUUCUUUUUGCCGGAGAGG